UUCAAAUUUGCCACCAAAGCUCAUAUAGUAUCUGAUGCAAUAUGUCCAAAUACAAGCAGCUGGUCCUUAUUACCGGCGCCAAUCAAGGCGUCGGCUUCGAAACAGCCAAGAAUCUAGUUCUAUCUUCCGUCAAAUACCAUGUCAUUAUUGGCAGUCGAGAUGAAGCCAAGGGGGAGAUAGCAGCUCGGUCGCUCCAGUCACUCGACGACAUCAAAGGAACAGUCUCCAGCAUCCAGAUUGAUGUUACGGAUGACAACUCCGUCGAUGCUGCUGCUCAAACUCUAGCCUCUGAAUGGGGCAGAUUGGAUAUUCUGGUCAACAACGCUGGUAUCAUCUCAAUGGCUAGCCCUCCAACGCGCGAAGCUUUCCGCAAGGUUCUCGAGACAAAUCUCGUUGGUGCACUAAGCGUCACCGAAGCGUUUCUCCCUCUUCUUCGCAAGUCGGAGCAUAAACCUCCUCGUCUCAUCUUUGUCACUUCAAGCACUGGAUCCAUCACCCAUACAUCCAACCCUGAAUCUCCGCUUCAUAGCGCUGGUGCAACGGAAUACCGGACUAGUAAAGCUGGACUGAACAUGCUUAUGACAAUGUACAACAUUCGGCUUAAAUCAGAGGGUUUCUUGGUAUUUGGGGCGGAUCCGGGGUUGUGUGCGACAAACUUCACCAGUGAUGCCGAGUCUCUCAAGCAGCGAGGAGCAGCUGAGCCGGCGGAGGGAGGGGAGCGAAUCGCGCGUGUUAUCAAGGGUGAGAAAGAUGAAGAUGUUGGGAAGGUUAUUGGAGUUCAAGGUGUAAACCCGUGGUGAUGCCAUCGACUUGGUUUACGGGGAACAAGUAGCAAAGGGGACCUAUAAGAAUGGCGGAUAACUGUUUCUU